AUGUUAGCAGAUCGGCCAAUUUCCGGUGCUGCUUCAAAAACAUUUUUCAUUUUAAUUCAACAAAUUAUCCAUCCUGUUACUAUUAUCAUUUUCUUUCUCUUAGCUGGUACUGUUAAUACCAAAUCAGCUAACGGUUGCAUUUUGUAUGGUGAGAUAUGUGAAGAAGACGAAGUUUGUGUGCAAGAUGGUUUAUUUGGUGAAUGUGCAUCAACAACAGAACAUGUUGCAUUGAUUGUUUUAAAUCCGAUUGAUUAUAUUUUGAAAAAAGUAUUAAGCAAUCAAUUAAAGCAACUUAAUGAAAAUGGUUAUAUGCUGGAAGAUGCUCGAGCACAAUGUCUUAUUGCAUAUUUCAAAGUGGUUUUAAUGCUUCAACUCAGAUACGAUCGAAAUUUUUGUAAUGUUGCUAAUCCGGAAAAUAUUUGGCAAAUGUUACAGUCAAUAAAAAUGGCACUUGCCAAUGAUGUCACAGAUAUUCAAAGUGUCAACUCAAAUAAGGAAUUGUUGAAUAAUUUCAUCCAGCAACAACAACAACAACAACAACAUUAUCAACAACAACAACAACAACAAAUGGAUUUUAUAGGUGAUGUGACGAGUGAUGAUGAGGAUAAUAACGAAAAUAAUUUCAAUUCAAUUCCCAAAAGACAAUUAUUUGAUGACAAUAAUAAUUUCAAAGCAAAAAUAUGGAAGGACACUGAAGAAAAAUUAAUUGAUAAUGAUGGAAAUAUGCUAGCGGUAGAAGCUUUCAUGCCAUCUGCAUUUCCAAAUUCUGGUGAAGAAGAGGAAGAAGAAUCGUUAAAUUUUGUUGGCUAUCAUGCACCUGUUUUAAAAAAAGAUAUCGAGCAUCUUGGUAAUCAAAAUACAGGCUUGGAAAAAAUAGAGCAUAAAAUAGUAAAAGGAAUGCCAUCAUAUCAGAAAGUAAACGGUAAUCGAGUAUAUUUAAAAGUUGCUAAAGAUUUGAAUAAUGAUAAAUUGUAUCAUCUUAUCAACUAUUUGGAUUUAUCAAUUGCAAAACCAAAUCAACUUAUUUUUGAUGAUUUUUUAUUGGACGGUGAUCAGUUAUCAUUUCGUGCUGGUCGAUCAGCUCAAAGAUCUUCGCAAAAUGAAAAACAUUUAGAUUCGGUGGGAGGUAUCGCAGAAGAUGUUUAUAAACGACGAAAAGAUAUUCAAACAGUUUCUGGCGUACACGUCGAUGAAACCGGUAUCGGAAGUGGAAGAGAAGCGGUACCGGUUGAAAGUGAAACUCGAGAUCAUUUUUUUAUACCAAUACUUGCUGUAAGCGCAUUUACACUGAUACUUCUGGUGACGGUAAUGGCAGUUCAUCAAAUCAGGGAACAUCGUAAGAAGAUCCGUAAAUCGAAUAUUUCAGAAUUUGAAUGUGAUAAAUAUAAUGAUAAGACAUUACUUGCUUAUCAGGAUUUAUGCCGAUAUCAGAUGACUUCACAUGAAUCAACAGGCAUCACUGAUAUUCAUACUAAUCGUUCCGGUACAACAACCUGGGUUGAUGAACCGAUUAGUCAAUCCAAUCUUGAUAUAUCAACCGGUCAUGUCAUUUUGUCAUUCCUUCGUGACUAUUUGAAUGAUACAUCAAAAAUUGAAGAACAAUGGAAAACAUUGAACGAAUAUGCAAAUGCAAAUGGAAUAUCAUCAAUUGCUCGAGAAGAAAAAAAUAUUAACAAAAAUCGAAAUCUAUCUUAUCUUCCAUAUGAUGAUACAUUGGUUAGUAUUCGUAGCACCGUAAAUGAUUCCGAUUUUAUCAAUGCAUCUGCAAUUCAUGAUUGUGAUCCGAAACAAGCCAAUUAUAUUGCUACACAAUCACCACUUCCGGAAACCAUAACCGAUUUUUGGCAAAUGAUUUGGGAACAAGCUACGGUAUUAAUUGUGAACUUAGCAAAUAAUGAAGAUCAGCAAGAAGGUCAAUGCCUCAAAUAUUGGCCUGAAAGUGGUUCACAAGUGUAUGGAUCUUUUGAAAUUCAUUUGGUAUCAGAACAUAUUUGGAGUGAGGACUAUUUAGUACGAUCAUUUUAUUUAAAAAAUUUGAAAACAAACGAAACUCGGACAGUAACACAAUUUCAUUUCUUGACAUGGCCUAAAAAUGGAGUACCACCGAGUGCAAAAGCUUUACUCGAUUUUCGCAGAAAAAUCAAUAAAUCAUAUCGCGGACGAGCAGCUCCAAUUGUUGUACAUUGUACAGAUGGAACCGGACGAACUGGUACAUUCUGUUUGCUUGAUAUGAUACUGAAUCGAGUUAGCAGAGGUGUGAAAGAAUUGAACGUAGCAGGUUCAUUGGAACAUUUACGUGAUCAACGUCCAUGCAUGGUGGAAACUUGCGAACAGUAUAAGAUGGUUUUUGUUUGUUUAGCAGAAGAAAUUACUGCUAUUGUAGCUGCAUUAUCAUAA